GCGGGCGCCACGUCCGCAGCCCGAGCCCCGGAGCCCAAACUCCGCUGCCGCCACCUCCCAGGCCCCAGGCCGAGCAGCGAGCGCCGCGACCGCCGGGCCAGGGGCGCCGGAGACCAUGAAUCAGACAGACAAAAACCAACAAGAAAUUCCCUCGUACCUUAUUGAUGAGCCUCAAGAAGGUUCGAUGAAAGACCAUCCCCAGCAGCAGCGUGGCAUGUUGUCCCGUGUCACUGGCGGCAUCUUCAAUGUGACAAAAGGAGCUGUUGGCGCCACCAUUGGUGGCGUGGCUUGGAUUGGAGGGAAGAGUCUGGAGGUGACCAAAACAGCUGUUACUACAGUGCCUUCCAUGGGCAUAGGGUUGGUCAAAGGAGGGGUAUCUGCUGUGGCUGGCAGUGUCACAGCCGUCGGGUCUGCUGUUGUAAACAAAGUGCCCUUAACAGGAAAAAAGAAAGAUAAGUCUGACUGAGAGGGAGUGAGAAGGAUGGAGAAGAUGAGCUUUGCUCUCCACAGCGCCACAAGGCCAGUGGCUUUGAGCCGCCAGCAUGGGGACCUCCACAAAGCCACCUCUUGGCGAUGUUUCUCUUCUCAAGUGCUGUAUUGGAAGUAUUGAUGACUUCCUUUCAUCUGAAAAGAGAAGAUGCCAAGACUCUCACAGUUUGUGAAAGUUCACCAGACUUUUUGAUUCCAGAUUUUUAA